CGUCAGCGGUCAGGUGGACGACUCCCCAUAGGACCCACAGCCCACCUAUAAUGUCAGGUGUGCUGCCAGGUGCCUCUUCCCCGGCUUCUUCACUUGCAUGACAGCUCACCACCAGGCCUCUCGGGAAAGCAGACUGGCAAGGACUGUUUCUCCUGUGACUCUGGAGGUUGAGGUGCAGUCGAUACACAGCCAGAAAAUAUUCACACGUCGGCGGGCCAUAGCUCAGUACCUCAAGAGAAUCCUUCCGCUCCCCGAUCCUCUACAAUGUAGCCUGGGACAGCAAGAUACUUAACUGACGCAAGUGGUCGUGCGGCGGGAGAGCAGAAGCCCUUAAUGAUGGAGCGGCUCUCUGCAGGCGAGGGAUUUAGUCAGCGGUAGCAGCUAUCAGAGAGAAGGCACGUAGUCACUUAGCACUGACCACAUUACCGCGAGACAUCAUCCAAGAAUGAUUACGAGAAGACGAAAAUCAGUGCUGUCUUUGCUGUAUGCGACUCUUCUUCUUCUGUGUCUGAAGAUCAUCGUAGACGAACAGGAAGCAGAAGUCGACGUCAAGCAUGAAUUAAUCGCGAAGGGCACCUAUGACAACGCCACGCAAAACGUCGGGAAUUUCUCUAAAAGCGACAGACUUUUGACGGAGUUUCCUUACAAAUUUCUCAUCGACGAGCCUCACUUCUGCGCCGAGGACCUUCUCGUCUUGAACGUGAUGCCGGUGAGCGUGGGCGACGCCGAGGCCCGGGCGCGGGUGAGGAAGAUGUGGGGAGCCAGGGAGGUCGUGGCCUCGACCAGGCUCCGGCCUCUGUUCCUGGUGGGGGAGACCAACGGCACCGAGCAGCAGCGCCGCCUUCAGGAGGAGAGCGACGAGUACCACGACGUGAUCCAGGUGGGCUUCGUGGACUCGUACCUCAACCUGACGCUGAAGACCCUGUCGGCGCUGCACUGGAAGCACACGCGCUGCCGCCACGUCCCUUGGCUGCUCAAGAGCGACGCCGACGUCUUCGUGAGCCCUUGGGCCGUCACCAGACUCCUCAGCAACGAGACCGCGGACAUCGUCUGCCGACUCCUCUUCUCCAAAAACGUCUGCCAACCCCACAACUGCAGAGACAAGAGGUGGAUAAUCCCGCCCGAAGUGUACCCGCACGAAUUCUACCCACCCUACUGCAACGGCCCCGUGUACGCCGUCAACCAGAAAUCCGUGCGAGAGAUCCUGACGGUGGCGUCUGCCGAGAACCCCUUCGUGAUGGAGGACGCCUACUACACGGGCAUCCUCGUCCAAGGCCUCGACCUCAAGUACAACAACAUCGGAAGCCGCUGCCAACUCUACCACCUGAAGCACCUUCCGUACAACACCGUUGGCAGGGGGCGGUCCCUCUUCCUCGUCAACCCAGAAAGGAAGAGUCGAGAUCGCUACACCUUGGAGGAUGUUUGGAAUUAUCUGGUGUCGUUGCGAACGUGAGCUUUGGUACAUUUUGAUGGCGCUGUAGAAAUAAAGAUUUUUUUUUA